AUGGCGAAGAUUGGUUGUGGAUGGGAAGAAAUAUUGCUUGUUUCCAAGACAACAAAACCCAGCAACAACAAGGAGACUGGGAACGGGGACCCAGUCUCCCAUCUGGAAGAAUUCAAGAUGGCUGCCGUCCGAAUGCGUGCAAAACUAACCCGUCUUUUACCAUAUUUUCUCGGAAAGAAAAAUUAUUGUGUUUCCGCGAAUACAAAGCCUUAUGUUUAUCAUCCUCAAAGUCGUACUUUGGAGCCGGAAAAUCAAACACUUUACCUCACAAAGACCUUAGAAAUAGGAGACAUUUCAACUUGCUUGCAAAGUUCUCAUUUAGAUCUCUCAACGAGGGAGGACAUGAUGUCAAAAUUCAGACAAAAUGUGAUUCAGACAAGGCUGAUUAAUCAUGAAGGUGACCAUGCAACUAGAGAUAUGAAUGCUUUACCUUUGAUGCAGAAUAUGUUAAGGGUAAUGUGGAGUUAUUCUGGCAGGUGAGAAAGCAUAUGGUAUAGACACAUGUUUACCUUAAUACUUCAGAGUACCCGGCCACUUACAUGUAUUUGCAUCUCGCUGAAUAAUAAAAGACAGUAUCGUGUUUUUACCUCGUUCUUUUAAGUGUUCCAACGAGUGCCGGGUAUUCUGAAGUUGCUCCCAUUAAACUGAUGUAAGGGCUAGAAAAUUGAGACAAGAAGAAUUCGGACUAUAACAUACUACACUGUAUACUUUAGAAGUAGCUGGUGUUUGUAAACAUGGUUUUUGUUAUUUAAAUUUGUUAACCACUGAAGCAAAAAGAACCAAUAGAAAAAUAGCCUGGCACAAAAAAUUAAAUCCAUACCACAGGUGAUGUAAUGUGAACCAUGAGUAUAUAUAUAUUUUUAUCUUUUAUUAUUUAACCAUCACUAAAAGUAUAUGUUGUAGUUAAUUUUUUAUCUCAGGUAAUUUUUGUCUUUCCUUUGUUUUCAUGAACAAAAGAAAAGCAAAACUUACCUGAGAUAAAAAAUUAGCUGCAACAUAUACACGGUAUUGACAGAUGUAGAUUUCACAAGUGAGGGUGGUCUCACCCCAGAACAGCAAUUAUUGGAAAAUCAUCAUGACACUUAACCUUUUUGUUACCUCAGUUUCCCAAGACUCUUGGAAACAUCGCUGACAUACAAGCCCCGUUUAAGCAUAUCAUACAAAAGAGGUGACACUGACCUGUUGAUUUCUGGAAAUCUUGGUUUUCUGUUAUCAUCGAAACAUCAACUGAAACAAGUUGAAGACACCGCAGCGGUGAAGAGAACUGAACAAGUAUCUCUGGAGAAACCAGAGAUAAUUUCUCCAGUGUUUAAUCUCAACAAGGCAAGAACAACACAAAAGCUGGAUACUGGGUUCUAUGAUAGUGCUCCCUUUCCAUAUCCACAUACGCUUUUUAUUGUCAGUACAAACAGGAAGUGGACUACUAGUGACUUGGUAGCGCAAGGUGAGGAGGCCACAUUACAUCCUGUAUGAUUAGAGAGCUUAAGAUUUGAGGAAAACAACCACUAUGAAUACAAGAUAUUCUCAAUACUGAGUAUUGCUGGUGCUUGAACCAGCGUCAUUUUGGCAGGAAAACGUGACGGCCAUGAUCAUUCUGCCACAAAAUUUAGUGUGAAUGUCAUAGUGGCGGAAACGAGUUAUCAAAUGUUAGAAGUUUUAACAUUUCGCGAUUGGGAGAGGACUUAACUUCCUUUAAUAAAGAUAACAGUGCUAACUUUUCUGGUGAAUCAAAAGUACAAUGAAGCUUUCUGGAGUGUAUAUUAUUUUUUGAUAAUACGCAAUAAAACUUUCAGUCAAAUCUCGUACUUGUAGUCAAUGUCAAUACAUCAUCUAAAGAAAAGUUUAAUAGAAUUAACAUUGAUCUCCAGAGGGAAAUACUUUGAUCUUCUAUUCAAUUGUUUCAACUAAAUUUUAAGGAAAUGGAUGGAGAUUAGUUUGGAGAGUUUGUAUCUAGACUUAAAGGGUUGAAGCCUUUUUCCAUGUACCUGGUCAAAAUCUGGUUUUUCAGUGAAUAAUGUCACCAUUGCUACCUUGUGAAUUAUUAACUCAUGAAAAGGUAAACUGACCUAGUCUGGGGUAUUCUUGAAAGUAUGUUAUUUUAAUUAAUUGACUUGUAGCAAAUCACAGUUCAGAGGAUAAAAUUUUACAGGAGUAAUACCUGAAUGGGGAUAAGAGGAAGGUAAAAUAAUAUUUUGACUGCCUUCAUUUAUGUUCCCUCUUUAGAGCUCAAUAUUUUAAUGCUUUUCCUCAAAAAUACCACAUUGUAAAUCUACCUUUCAAAAUUAAGAUACUCUGUCACUCCAUAAUGAUAUAGGUACUAGUCAAACUGAGCUUUAAAUUCCUGCUGAAAAUUGCCCGUGAAAUAGCAACAUUUAGUCGUAUUUAAAUGAAUGUUAAGUGAUUGACGACAAAUGUCAUUUCCAUUAUUGGUUAAUUUUAUCACCAUCUUUUAUAAUACUGCAGCCAAUAUUGAUUAAUAUCACUGCCAUCAUUUAUUAAUAUUAUUACCACUGUUUAACCUACAGGUGUUAUGUUUACCUUUGGACGGCUUGCAGCAGAAGCUUUAAAUAAUGGAGCAUCACUUGGAGACACUUUAGAAAAGCCCCUAACAGCACAGUGUAUUGCUAGUGAUGGAAUCAGACUGUCAUUCCUAUCUUAUCAACUGAAUACGUUAGACUUUGUUUCUGACAGCGGCAUCAAAAAUAUGGUGUGGAUAAGUCCAGGGCUUUUCAUGUACAACAAGGCAGUUAUUCAUGAAACUCCUGGCACCAGAAAAAAAGAUCCACCAACUUACGAGAUUGAAUUACAUGGAUUUAAUGAGGAAUGCUUUGAAAUAUUUGUGAGAAUGAUUCUUAAUGGUUAA